AUGUUCCAGACAUUCAAGUCGAUCAUGAUCCUCUUCGGACUCGCCGCUCCUUACCGAUGGGCCAAUGCCCAAUGCUCGAGCUUCCGAAGGAAAAGGAAAGGGGGUCGCACCGCCUCUGGCUUUAGGGACAUGACAAGUGGUCAACUUUGGUCGCGAUCAACUGUCAACCAAAGGGCAAACAGCUUUGGUUAUCACUAG